CGGGGGCGGUCCGCGGGGCGGGGCGGUGCCGGCGGCGUUAAGGGCAGUGCCGGGCCGUGCCGUGCCGGGCUGGGGUCGCUGCGGGUGCCGGCGGCGGUGUCGGUGCGGGCCAUGGGGCGGUACUCGGGCAAGACGUGCCGCCUCAUCUUCAUGCUGGUGCUCACCACCGGCUUUUUCGUGGCCGAGCUGGUGUCGGGCUACCUGGGCAACUCCAUCGCGCUGGUGUCCGACUCCUUCAACAUGCUGUCCGACCUCAUCUCGCUCUGCGUCGGGCUCUCCACCGGCCGCAUUGCCCGCCGCAGCCGCCGCGGGCCCCGCGCCACCUACGGCUACAGCCGCGCCGAGGCGGUGGGCGCCCUCAGCAACGCCGUCUUCCUCACCGCCCUCUGCUUCACCAUCUGCGUGGAGGCCCUGCUGCGCCUGGCCCGGCCCGAGCGCAUCGACGACGCCGAGCUGGUGCUCAUCGUCGGCGCCCUGGGCCUGGCCGUCAACCUGGUGGGGCUGCUGGUCUUCCAGGACUGGGCCGCUUGCUGCCGCCGCCGCCGCCGCACCCCGGCCCCGACGCCCGCCGCCGCCGUCGCCGCCCCGACGGGGGGGGCGCCCGAGCCGCGGGACGCCGCCGACCGAGCAGGUGAAUCCCCAAACGACCAAAAAAGCCCUGAAGAGGGGUCGGGGAGGAAAGUAGAGAAAAAGUCUGAAGCCUUGAACAUCAGAGGUGUUCUUUUGCACGUUAUGGGAGAUGCACUUGGGUCUGUGGUUGUAGUAGUUGCUGCUACAAUCUUCCAUGUACUUCCUCUGGGGCCUAAUGCUCCUUGUAACUGGCAGUGCUACAUUGAUCCGAGCCUGACAAUAAUUAUGGUGGUCAUCAUUUUGUCUUCUGCAUUCCCACUCAUCAAAGAGACCUCAAUUAUUUUAUUGCAGAUGGUUCCCAAAGGUGUUAAUAUGCAACUACUGACUGACAGACUAGCUCGUGUACCAGGGGUUAGCAGCCUUCAUGAGGUGCAUGUAUGGGAGCUUGCAGGUGGCAAGAAUAUUGCUACUCUUCAUAUCAAGUGCCAAACCCCUACUGAUUACCAAGAUGCUGCUUAUAAAAUAAGAAAGGUUUUCCAUGAAGCAGGGAUCCAUUCUGUGACCAUCCAACCUGAGUACAUUGACCACAAGACCUCCCACCUCUUGUGCAGCUCGCCCUGCAUCUCAAAAGCUUGUGACUCUCAGCUCUGCUGCAGUCAGCAGGAGGCACCGCUGGCUAAAAGUAAUGGCUAUACUGAGAAAAACGAUAGCUGCCUUUCUGCACUGCAUAAAGACAAUGGUUCAAGUAAAAGUGAUAUUGAAAUCCCUAUUGAGUGUGCACUGACGGAGAAUAGUGUUAAAGAUGAGAAAAAUUGUGAAGUGUCUGACAAGUCGCAGUUGAGCAGUACGAGAUUUUAAACAACUUGGUCUACUCUGUAAAAUUUUUUCAUAGAACAAAGGUGUCCAGGCAGGAAAGCGGGUCAUCAGUGGUUGUAGCUGAAGUUAAUGUGGCAAAAAAAGAUUUCUGUGCUUUAGCUGUAAACCAAAAUACACCCCAAAAAGCUUGCAUCUGAAAUAAGGGUUAAUAUUUCCAUGAAAAGUGUGCAUUCAUCUAAGAGUUUUCCGAUACAGCCUAACACAGUUCCUUACCAAACCAUGUGUGAAUUCCUGUUGCUAGUGUGGAUGAGGUGUAUUGCUUUCCACCCUGAUGCUUGCAGUGUAUGACCAGUGCCACUGGGAAUGAAACUCUUGCCUUUCUGUCAAAGUGAGCUGUUUCCUGAGAGCCCUGCAGCAAGUUAAUGAUUGUACUGGGCCAAAGUACUGUAUAUUUAUAAAGGACUUAAGUAGAGAUGUUUUACUGAGCCUCAAAACCUACUUUGUAUAGACAGUUCAUUUUUAGCAGUAACUGUUGUGCUUCUGAAGUUGGUGAAUGAAAAUAAUGGUGUCUGAUGGGAGGCGAAGCACUUGGGAAGGGUUGGCUUGCAUUGUUUUUGUGACCCCUGUGUUUGGGGACAGAGCAGAAUCUGGUCUUGCUUCUCUACUAGAACUGCUGGAGCCAGCCUAAUCACAGAUGAAGGAUGCUAAAGAAUAUGCUCUGUGUCAUGAAACUAAGGAAUUACUAGCAUUGUCUCUACUGAUUUUGGCAAGCAAAAAUGCAAGUAGUCAUCCAAUUAACUUUUAUCUUGUUCAUUGUUGUGAUUAAACAACUCAGUUCUUACCCCUUGCCUCUACCCCCAACCUCCCAAGCAACAGAAGCCACAGUCUUAAUUCAUUGUUGUGUGGAAUGAUUGCAAUAUCUUUAACACUGAGCAUCUGUCCUUGUUCAUGCUGAAUAAAUAAGCUAACGUGUCUGUUAUGAAUAGUUAAAAUUCUGCAAUUCUAUUGUUAAGAGAGAAUUUCAUAUUAAUUGAGAAAUUCCAUUUGAAGUUUUUUAAAACAGUGUUAUAACUUAGAGGGAGCUUUUGUAUAAUAUAUAUGUAUAUAGAAAUACUGGGAGAUUUUCCUAUUUUAGUCUCAAUUAUUUCUUGUUGAUUUGUUGUAAAAGUCUAUGCCCUCCUCUCCACCCUGCUUCUCCUCCCCAAACCCAAAGGUGCAUUUUGAAGUAUUUAGUGAAGCAUUUAUAUUCUCCUUCUUGCUGCUGCUUCUUUUUGAAGACAUGCAAGGGAGCUUUAAGGAAAACAAGAUGACCUGCCCUGUCAGCAGUGUUGGAUUUUGGUCGGGUCUGCUCUCCAGAUUUUUGGAAGAGGGGACCCACUACCUAAUACACACUGAGUGCAGUGCUUAGCCUCACUGUGGAUCUGAUCCAGAAGCGUUCAAAUACUUUUUUUUUUUUUUUUUUUUUUUUUUUUCAAAAGCAGCUUUUCAGUGCUCCAUGUGGCCUGGACAGGCUAUUUAGUUAGCAGUUCACAGAGACAUCUUUAAAAAAUAGUGGUGUCUUUACCUCAGGGACAGCUUAGCAGAAAGGGCAAAUUGAUUUCCUGCUGGGCUGGGAAAAUACCAGGACCUGGUAGGACCAUGGCUGGCUCUAAAGCAGCCAGCUCCUUAAUAAGGAUGGUUAUAUUAAAGUCAAUGAAUAUAAAAACACACAGCAGGGUAUUUUGCUGCUUGGAAAAUGGUAUUUACUAAACCAGUGAUUGCAGUCUAAAUUGCACACCUCUAGGUUUGUACUUACCCAUUUUGAACAAAGUCUUGGAUGAAUUAAUGUAUUUUAUAGCCUUUCAUGGUAGGUUUGUAUUAUAUAAAUUAAACUAUUUGUUAAUAACAUUAAAAGCUUAAUCCUCCAGUGUGUUUGGUCCUGUUAGCAGCAGCAGGAUUUUGCUUUGCAUUUGUUGCACAAAUUAAUGUAAAUCAGGAAACAUUUCAUGAACUGCUCUGUCCUUUUAAAGUGUGUGGCAUGAAGUAAGACAGCUCAUGCUUCAGUUCUUUUUGUACUUAUUUUCAUCUAUUGUGAUGUUUAAAUGGAGGAGUGUAGAUCUAAAUAACAUAUAUUUACAGGUUUGCUUGUUUUCUGAGAACUGGAGUAGAAUUCUCCCAAAAUAACAAGAAAGUUUGUGCAGGAACUUACCUCCAAGACAUCCUCUAAAACAAGCACCCUUUCAUAAUUAUGCAUUUGUGUCUUAAAUCAGGUAAUCUUUUUUAUAUACACAUUUUAUUAAAUGGUUGAAAGAUGGAGUGUCAGUAUUGUUUUACCCUGGAUUUAGAGAAAAAGAGUAUGUGUAAUACUGGGGUAUUAGAUAAAAUGGACUAUCAUCUUUUUCUCUGUCCUUCCAGUGUUUAUAAAAACAGUGGUUAUCUAUUUUUUUUUUUUUUUUAAAGUUUUUUAAAGUGGUGUAACCUGAAAACACAACGAAGUAACAUUCUUGAACUUUCUUGUCUGGUUGAAUGUACUGUAAUUGUUGUCUGUGAAUAAAUAGGAAAAUACCAGGGAAUAUAGAAAUCUUCAGGUCUAGAAAACAGGCAAAGUU